AUGCCAGCAUCAGCAACAAAUUAUUGCCCUCGGGAAAAUCAGAAUUCGAUAGCAUCACCAGCUCCAUCCGCUACACAAGGGGAAGAGAGUGCUCCAACUGCAGAAUCGACGGAGUUGGAAGAUGUAAAUCAACAAACGUCAUGCUGCAAUAGCAUCAAGCUCACCACUAUUGGAGGCAGCGAGGACGAUGAAUUUGAGCUGGAGGGGCGCAGGAACGUCGAUGCCCGGGAUGGCAGGAUAGAUGACUCGAGCAAUGAAGCUCGAGAAGAAGAGACCUUGGAGGGGAGAAUUGAGCGCCUAGGUCGCGAGCGGCCCAAGCAAUUCAAAUCCCUAUGGGCUGAAGUCGCUUUUGUCUUCUCCGUUGCGAUGUCCCAGGUUCUUAGUGAAUACUUCGUCUCUGGUUUCACGGUUGUGCUCCCCAUCGUCAUUAUCGAUCUAGGAAUGCCCGUAGCAUCAAGUAUCUGGCCCGCCUCGGCCUUUUCCCUGGUCGUCGCUGCGUUCCUGCUGAUGUUCGGUCGUCUCGGGGACAUGUACGGCGGCUACCCAUUGUAUGUAGGCGGCAUGGCGUGGUUGGCGCUGUGGAGUCUGAUCUGCGGGUUCUCCCAGAAUGAGUUGAUGCUAGACUUUAGCCGCGCGUUGCAGGGCUUAGGACCAGCAGCAUUCUUGCCGAGCAGCGUGAUGUUGAUUGGGAGUAUUUACAGGCCAGGGCCAAGGAAAAAUCUGGUAUUUUCCAUUUACGGGGCUGCCGCUCCGGUUGGAUUCUACGUUGGCAUCUUUUUCGCAGGAGUUACUGGUCAGUACACAACAUGGGGUUGGUACUUUUGGAUCGGCAUGUUCCUCUCCCUCGUCACGGCCAUCACGUCAUACCUGUAUAUCCCUUCUGAUAUCAAAGAGCGCCGAGCGUUAGGUAUUAAAAUGGACUGGCUCGGUGCCAUUCUCAUAAUCGUCGGCCUUAUCCUCUUUACCUUCGCCAUUAUCGACUCCGCGCACGCACCCCAGGGUUGGAAAACGCCUUACAUCUACGUCCUCUUUAUUGUCGGCUCUCUUUUCCUCCUCGCUGCGGUCUAUGUCGAAACCUAUGUGGCUGAUGAGCCCCUCCUCCCAGCCUCUUUGUUCAAAGUCAGAUGCAUGACGCCGCUCGUGUGUGCUCUCUUCCUCACCUAUGGCUCCCUAGGUAUAUUUCUCCUCUAUGCCACCUUCUAUAUGGAAAACGUCAUGUCAGCUUCCCCACUCCUCGUUGUCGCCUGGUACACUCCUAUGGCACUAGGCGGUAUUUUCAUCUCCACCUUCGGCGGCUUCAUUCUACAUCUCCUCUCAAGCACAAUGCUCAUCUACAUCGCGGGCCUUUCCUGGAUCGUUGCCCCGCUGCUAUUCGCCAUCGCCCCCUCUGGUGCUAACUACUGGGCCUACAUGUUUCCCAGCAUGAUUUUUGCCACCAUUGGUAUAGAUGUAACGUUCACCGUGGCGAAUAUCUUUAUCACUACCAGCUUGCCCAAGAAAGAGCAGGGCCUAGCCGGCGCGUUGAUCAUGCUGCUCUUGCAUCUUGGUAUCGCUGUUUGUCUUGGGUUUGCAGAUAUUGUGAACAGUAAGACCCUGUCAAACCUAGGGCAGAGAAAAAGCUAUCAGGCAGUAUUCUGGUUUGAGGUAGCCUGUGCAACUACUGCACUGGUGAUUUUGGUUCUGUUUGUGAGGGUUCAGAAGGCAACAAGUGCGCUCACCGUUGAUGAGAUGGCGGAAAUGAAAGAAGUGGCGCGACGAGAAGCUGAGCAUAGUGCUGGACAUGUGCUAGUGAAGUCGAGUUCAUUGGAUCCAACCGCGACGGGUCAUGCUGGGAGCUCUUUACCAUAUUUGCCUCCGAACCGUUGA